UGUGUAUAUCGAGCAAUGGUCCUCCCUGCCCCCGCUCUGCUGUAUGCCACCAAGACUGGUCACCUACGGGAGACAGCCCCAAGGCAUAGAGAACUUUCAAAGUUUCACCAACGUAUUUUACAUCCCUUACCCCGAACCCGCCGAGAAGACAAAACGACAAAUGCCAGUAAUCUCGCUGAUACCAAACUGUAGGAGCAUCGUGACAGACAUUAUCCAUAAACAAUUACGUUGAACUGGCCAUGUUACCCACAUGGACGACAGUGAGCGAAAAGUUGGCGGGUAACGGAAAAGUUAAAGGAAAAUCUGAAAGAAAAUUUACACCUCGACCCUCUCAUCCGAGAGACGAUCACUCCACACCUUAAACAGUUGGCGGAGCUCCUAUUAUUAUAGGUGAAAUUAAUUACUUGGUAGUACUGUACAGGUGUUGGUUGAGUCACCCGUGCAUAAGACUGAGGAGAUCACGUGUUUAAUUAUCACCUGUUAACUUGACCUGAGGACAGAUAACACAAGUACUUUAUCUGCUCGUCCACUCCAGGAACAAACCAGUGAGGCAUUUUCAACACAAUGGGAAAAAAACGCAAUGCUAAGAAGGCGACCAAUAGAAAUGCAGGACCGGUGAAGCUGCUGCCCCAGAUCAGAGGGCAGCUGACCGCCAUCGUUGAUGAUGUUUUCAAACGUUGUACAAAAGUGCCUCCAGCCGUUGCCCCGAGUGCAGCACAGGAAUGGGCUGAAUACCUGGAAAUAUACGAGUUAAUUGAGAAGAUCCAAGACUUAGAGAAAGAUAUCCAGCUCCCGACGUAUACUCGGACAGAUCAAGUGGCACCCUUUAUGUCCUGGCUGAAGGAGAGAAAAAUAAUGGUCAAUGGAAUUGAAAUCGCCGAAUUUGGCCACGAGGGAUUUGGUCUCCGAGCAACUGAAGAUCUGAGUCAAGGGCAGAAGAUAAUAACCGUCCCCUACGAGGCCAUGUUGACGGAGGAGACUGCCAGAAAGUCGUACCUGGGUCCACUAAUAGAACGUGACCCCAUCUUACAACACAUGGGUAACGUGGCCUUGGCCUUACACGUUCUUGGGGAGUUUGUAAACCCGCAGUCGUCGUGGCAACCAUACCUGCGCAUCCUGCCCUCGACUUACUCCACCACCUUGUACUUCACCCCACAACAGCUUCAGUCACUCAAGGGAUCACCAGUGUUAGAGGAGGCCGUGAAGCAAUUCAGAAAUAUUGCACGACAAUAUUCCUACUUUUAUCGAAUCCUGCAGUCAUCACCAGAGGCUAAAAGUUGGCCCAUAAGAGACUACUUCACCUUUAAGGCUUACAGAUGGGCCGUGUCAACAGUUAUGACUCGGCAGAACAGAGUCCCAGUUAAAGAAUCCAGUGGCCAGAUGGCUCUCAUCCCUGCCUGGGAUAUGACCAACCAUGAGCAAGGCAUUUACUCAACAGACUACGACAACGAGGAGAACUGCAGUGUGUGUCUGGCCCAGCGAGACUUUAAGGCCGGGGAGCAGUUCUCUAUACACUACAGUCAACGGCCCAACACUGAGCUCUUCCUUCAUAAUGGCUUUGUUUAUAGAGAUAAUAAGAAUGAUAGUCUAGCCAUCAAGUUAGGUGUGAGUAAGGACGACCCUCUACACGAUGAGAAGGUGGCCCUCCUCUCUUCCUUAGGCUUACCAUCUGCUGGCUCCUUUAUGCUCAUACCUGGCCAGCAUCCAGUGUCCCCGGGCCUACUGGCGUUCAUCAGAGUCUUCUGUAUGGAUAAAGCUUCCUUAGACAAGUGGAAGGAUGAUGGAGAGAAGGCCAAAGGACUCCUGCAUGAAGACUGUGAUGUGGGCACAACAGUACAAGAUAAGACAUGGAGUUUCCUUAACAUCAGAGUCGCUCUUCUCAUCAGGUCUUAUCCCACCACACUGGAGGAGGACGAAGCAGCCCUGCCAACUUUAUCUGGUGUGGACUCAUUGAUCCGUUCUCAGGUGAUCUGUGAAAAGAUCAUCUUGAGGGAUGCAGCGUUGUAUCUCACGUCACACAUCUCCAAGUGAGGGUUUUUCUCUCACAUAAAGGAGGUGAAGAACUGCAUUAAUAAAUGGUGUGUCUUUCUCUUGUGAAUGAUCAACCAAACCAUUUAUUUAUUAUAUUCUACUGUUAUGGACUCCUGAAUAACCUCUAAAAUUGACUUAAUUUUUACUCUGCACAAAUAUAAAGAAAGGUUUCCAGUGAUAAGUGAGAGCUUUAAAUGAUCAGAAAAAUAUAGUGUUUACUGUAUUAGUACGGCAUUACAGCACUCGAAGACUUGGUGAAAAGUUUGGGUAUGAGACAGAUUCUCUUUAAUACAGCAAAAGGAUGUACAGUACAGUGAGGUUUUGUGUAUAAAGUGAUGAGGAACAAGUGUGUGUAGUGUUUCUCGGAAAAGAUCAUUUUGAGUAAUAGUAUUUUGUUGAUGUGUUUACGACGUGCCUAUAGUGCGGUAUAGGGUUGGGAGGUGACGUGUUAAAUAGUGCAAAUAGCCCCGGUGGUUUGAGAACAACAACAACAACAAAGAAAUCGUGGAUUUUAAUGUUUUUCAUGUGUGUGUGUCAGCGUUAUUUGUGUGUGAUCCAAAUAUCCCCAAAAAUGGACUGAACAAUUUUAAUAAUACUUGGCAUAAUAGUUUAUACAUUAACUAGAUAAGAACCAGAAUAGUUUUGAUAAUGUUGGAUAAAUUGUGCACUUGGCAACUUUUUAGUAAGUACAGUAUAUUAAGACUUCAUUAUAGAGAAAAGUCAUUGACAGUACAUAAUGGCCGUCCAGUUUUAAACUCAAGAGUGUAAGAGGUGUUCCAGAAGUCCUUUGGCACAACUCUCCUCUGGUAGUAAAUAACAUCUCUACAUAUUACUCUUGGCUCAUCUCUUGUGUGUUGUGCAUGAAGAAAAUGACAUGAUAUAGAAAAGUGAUCAUAUCAAGUACAGAAAGUAACUAGAAAGGGUUGAAGGCACACAGUACAGACCAGAUCCGUCGGACCCUUGAUGUAGCGGACAACAUUCCCCAUAGUCCGCUAAAUAGAUGUUCCGCCGUUAAUAUUUUUUAAUAAUGUGAUGCGAGUGACGGUAACUUUAUAGACCAGAGAUUGAACCUCGGAGAUAAGUGCUGUAGAUAUUUCCGGGAAUAAUUUUGUAAUACAUCGUGAGUGUGUGUAGUUUAUUGUUGUGAGGGUCAGGCUGCACUACUAGUUCUGGCUCAAGACUGUACUCUAUUAUUGACAGUCUCUCUAGUACUGUAAUGGUUAUAUCUUGGGAAUAAGAUAUUUACUGGUUCUUUAUUAUAACUGUAUUGCUGUUAUUAUUAGUACAUGUAGUGUUAUUAUAUAAACCAGUAUUAACGGUGUAAUGAUAACCGUGUAGAUAGAUUAAUUAAACGAACGUCGGGAAACAUCGUUAUCAAUUAGUCAUAGAAAAUUUAGGAAGUGAAUUAAUCAUAACACAAUAUUGUUUGGUUCAUAAACUAAAUUAUAAUGUAUUUUAUUUAAUGUGUUUAUUCUAAUUUUACUGUGAAUUUUAUAUUUUACAUAAACAGUCAUUGAGUGAGCUGUGCAGUGCCUGUUUAUAUCUGAUCUGAUGGAAAUAUACAGUUAAUCCCUCCCCAAA